GAACCAGGUGUGCAACCACUGGGACCUGCUUCUGAAGGACAUGAAAAUUUCCCUCCCAAAAAUGUGAUCACAGACCAAGAGAGCAGCCAACAGAUAGAGCAGCUGGAGUUUGAACUCAAGAAAAAACGCAAAAAAUGUGAAAACCUUGAGCAUGAAGUGAGGAAAAAGCAUAAAAGAUGCAAAGAACUGGAGAUCCAGCUGCAGGAGGUACAGAGUGAAAAUGCACGACUGGCUGAAGAGAACCUGCACCUGAAUGAGAAGGCUGGAUGGGCAGGACAGGUUGAAUCUGAGAAUGCUGACCUGAAAUUACAGGUGGUUUUGGUUACCAAGGAACGGGAUUCAGUAAUUCAGACGAAUCAAGGACUCCAAACCAAGCUGGAGAAUCUAGAGCAGGUGCUGAAGCACAUGAGAAAUGUGGCGGAGCGAAGGCAGCAGCUGGAAGUGGAGCACAAGGAAGCACUGCUAGUCCUGCAGGAGAAGCAGGAGGAGGUCAGGCGCUUGCAGCAGGCUCAGGCAGAGGCAAAAAGAGAACAUGAAGGAGCAGUACAGCUUCUAGAGGCCCGGGUGAAGGAUCUAGAAGACCAGUGUCGCAGCCAAACAGAGCAGUUCAGCCUUCUGUCCCAGGAGCUCAAACAAUUCCGGCUUCAGACAGGAAAAAUUGACCUCCUCACCUCCACACUGGUGACUUCUGAGCUUCCUCUUGCUCUGUGCAGCUCUGCCCCACAGCCCCACUGGGAGAAGGAAUCGACUGUUGCUGGAUUGCCUGCUCACCAGAGCACAAAGAAGGUUCACAAUGAGGAGGCUGAUCAGCUGGAGUCAUCACAGCGGGGGCCUGAUGCCACUGUUGGCUCCCCAGUCGCUGCUGCCCAUUCUCAGAAACCAGCCAAGAAACUGGAAUCUCAGUCAAACUCUUCAAAAUCAGAAUCCAUGCAGAACAGUCCCAAAUCCUGCCCCACUCCAGAGGUGGACACUGCAAGUGAAAUGGAAGAACUGGAUGUUGACAGCAUCUCUCUAAUGCCAGAGCCAAGCAGCCAAGGUCCUGCAAAGCUCCAGGUGUUCUUAGCUCGAUACAGCUAUAACCCUUUUGAUGGACCUAAUGAAAAUCCAGAGGCAGAGCUUCCACUGACUGCAGGAGAAUAUAUUUACAUCUAUGGAGACAUGGAUGAAGAUGGCUUCUUUGAAGGGGAGCUGAUGGAUGGCCGGCGAGGGCUGGUCCCCUCCAAUUUUGUUGAGCGAGUUUCAGAUGAUGACCUCAUGACGUUUCUGCCUUCGGAGCUGAAUGAUCUCACCCAUAGUUCAUACCAGGAGAAAAGUUUUGUCAGUGCGAGCACCAGCAGUGGAGAUAAGAGUGAUUUCUCCAUUGAAGAGAGUAGCAUCAGUCCAUUGGCCAGUAGAGCAGAAGGAGACCAGGAGGAGCCCGUUAGUCAUACAGCAGUGCCUUACCCGAGAAAACUGACUUUGAUCAAGCAGCUUGCCAGAAGCAUAGUUGUAGGCUGGGAACCACCUCUUUUGCCAGCUGGCUGCCCAGACAUCCAAAGCUACAACAUCUACGUGGACGACGAGUUACGUCAGAACGUGAAGAGCGGCCUCCAGAGCAAGGCAGUGAUCGAGAGGCUGGAUGUGAAGAGCCAGACGUACCGCGUGGCCGUGCAGGCCCUGACCGAGCGGGGCGGCUCCGACAAGCUGCGCUGCACCUUGGUGGUGGGCCAAGAGCUGGGGAUAGCCCCCACCAUGCUGAAGGUCAGGAACGUCACUGCCACGUCAGCAGAGGUGACGUGGCUGCCCUCCAACAGCAAUUACAGCCACGCGGUUUAUCUCAAUGGGGUGGAGUGUGACAUAACAAAACCUGGGGUCUACUGGUACAGCUUCCACAACCUGCAGCCCAGCUCUCGGUACGUUGCCAAGCUGGAGGCCCGGCCCUUGAGAACGCCUUGGGAGGAGGUCCCAGAGGGGCAGGAGCAGAACUCAGCUGAGAUACACUUCUCCACCCCGCUGGCAGGCACACCUGAUGCUCCUCUGGACGUCCAGGUGGAAGCUGGUCCCUCGCCAGGUAUCCUGGUGAUCAGCUGGUUACCAGUCACCAUCGAUGCCGAGGGCUCUUCCAAUGGAGUUCGAGUCACCGGUUACGCCGUGUACGCCGAUGGCCAGAAG